UCUUCUUCCUCAACCCUCACCUCUCACCUGCAAAAUUCUCGAAUUCCUUCACAAACGCAGUUUCUCUCCCCCUCAAUGUUUUUAAUCUCUCGGUUCGAAUUCUCAAAUUUUAAAGUCUUUUUGGAGUCUGAGGUUUGGGUUUUUCUGAGACUCAGAUUUUAACAAGAAAAUAUGCUUCUACGGAGCUCAUCGACGCCGGUGCCCAACUCAUGGCUGCAGUAUUCCAAAGAUUCAACAUUUUUCGAUCAGCAACCGGAAAUGGUGCAGCAAAUCCAGAGAACUCGCUCCGUUACCCUCACGGCGUCGUCGCUGUCGCCCUUUUUGCUGUCGCCGAUCAGCGACUCGGGGAGGAGGUUGACCCGGGCGGUCUCCGAGGACGAUCUCAGAGAUUUCAUGGUGGCGCCGCUGAAAAGAAAGGCCUUCAGCAUCCCGAUGGAUGGGUUUGUGGAGAGAGAGGAGGAAGACGAGAUAAAAAUGGAGAUGGGUUUUGCUGCCUCUGGGUUGGGCAGAACGGCCUCCUUGGGAUUGGUGGAGUUGGAGGGGUGUGAGGCCGGGUUGAGGGAGGACAGGAGGUUGCUGAGCGAUUUGGAAGGGGGCGGCGUUGGUGGAGGAGGCGGCAAGAUCUGCGGUGGUAAUGGCGGAGGGAGUGGUGAAUCGGACGACGGAGAUGAGGGCAAUGGAUUUGGGGAAUCGAAUCAAGGCGGUGCGAGCACCGAUUUGUACUACCAGAAAAUGAUCGACGCUAAUCCUGGAAAUCCCAUGCUCCUUAGCAAUUAUGCUCGCUUUUUGAAAGAGGUUCAAGGGGAUUUCGGAAAAGCCGAAGAGUACUGCGGGAGAGCAAUUCUGGCGUGCGCGAAUGACGGUACUGUUCUGUCAAUGUUUGCGGAUUUGGUAUGGCAGAUUCACAAGGAUGCUCCAAGAGCUCAGUCUUACUUUGAUCAAGCUGUUCAAGCUGCCCCUGAUGAUAGUUAUGUUCUAGCAUCAUAUGCCAAAUUUCUCUGGGAUUCCGAGGAGGAAGACGAAGAGGAGGACGAGGAGGUGAAUCUCAAAGAAGGGGGGAAUAACAGAGCGUCGCCAACCAAUUUGUUUACUGGAAUUCCUCCUUCACCACCUCCGUUAGCUGCUGCUGCAUAGUUAUAUAUAGAGAGAUAUAUGUAUCUAUAUGUUCAGAGGCUGACCUUUCUGUUUAUAUUUUUAAAUUUUAGAAACCUUUUUUAGUGAUCCUUUGGCUGCAGCUGGGGGUGAGAAAUUGGGUUGUGUUAACUGACGGCUCUGUUUUUGUUUUCAAGAUCUUUUUCUAGUCAUAUCUUUGUAAAAGAAAUGUAACAAAAAUAAGUGAUGAAAUGGAGUUUUUGAAGGCAUAA